AUGGAUCGUCCGCAAGAGCCGCCUACCGCCGGCGAUGCAUCUCCUUCGGCCGCGGUGGUCGAUGUCCCCGUCGGAGGUCCGCCGAACGCCGGCGUCGUGUCGGCCAUGAUCUCCGCCACCAUCCCGUCGAAGAGGAAGAGGAUUCCGAAGCAAUUCCUCGAAGCUCCUGCGGCAGCCGCAGCUUCGCCGGCCGAAGCCCCGCCGGCUGCCAAGAAGGCGGGCAGGAUGAAGACCAAGGCGGCCGGGCCGAGGGGCGCCGCGCCGGCCAAGGUGCGGACAAAGGCAAUCAGCCGCAUCGGCCUCGCGCCUCCACCGCCCUCCAAGGCCACGACCUCUCCUCCCUCUGUUCCGUCCGAUGCGCCGCCCGCGCCGCCGCCACCCACCAUGGACGUAGACAAGGUGUUCGAUCUUGAGUCCACAACAUCCUACAUGGACAUGCUCAACAAUUCCGCGCCACGCACAACGAACUACGGCGAGAUCGAAGACGCCAUCUUGGUCCGUGCUUGGAGCAAGGUGGGGAUGGAUGCGUGCACCGGAGUGGACCAACGCGGCAAGCGCUAUUGGCAGCGCAUUGAGGAUCUGUACCACCAGCUGAAGCCUCGCACGAAGAGCAUGGCGGACAGAUCCUACCGCUCCCUUGAAGGCCGAUGGAACAUCAUCAAACCGGCUUGUUCUCGUUGGAGUACUGCCAUGGAUCAAGUGGCCGACAACCCCCCUAGUGGAUGCGUGCCGGAGGACUAUCCCAAGUAUGCUCAAGCACGGUACAAGGACAUGGCCGGCUCCAAGAACAAGGAAUUUCAAUUUCAUCAUUGCUUUUCCAUCCUUCAACAUCUUCCUAAGUGGAAGUUGAGGGACAACGAGCUAAAGUGCAAGAAGGAGGCACUGCUCACCAUGGAUGAUGAAGCGGAGGACAUGAGUGGGAGAAACGCCGGCAAGCCCGAGGGCAACAAGAAGGCCAAGGAGAGGGUCAAGGUAGAAGGCGGAGCAGCUAGCUUCCGGGAGAAGUUGGAUCAACUCAUGAAGUCCAAGGAGGCAUUAACGAUGAAGACGUUGGAGACCAAGCUCCUCAUCACCGAGAAGAAGAAGGAGGUGAAGCUUGCCAAGGUGCAAGCAAGGCGGGAAGAUGCCAAGUUGAAGGCCGAGCUUGACAUGAAGAUGAUCGCACUCAAAGAAGCCAAGGCCAUGAAGGAGCUCUUGGCCGAGGAGAGGGAUAUCAUGAUGAUGCGCGCCGACGGAAGGGACGAGGAUCAGCUGGCGUGGUGGAACGAGACCAAGGCGGACAUCAUUGCGAGGAAGAAGGCUGCGCGUCAAGCUCGUGCUCAAGGUGAGUCUCCGGCGAGUGGUGGCGCCGGUGGCGAUGGACUCGUUGAUGGUUGA